UAACCCCCAAGCAACAAAGUAGAUCAGGUUUUCAAUUUUUUACAUAUUCAAUAAUCAUUCCAUAACCCCCAAGCAAAGUAGAUCAGGUUUUCAAUUUUUUACAUAUUCAAUAAUCAAGUUCGGAGCUUUCAAAUCUAUAGUGACAAUAGUUGACGGGUGUGGAUUAAACUUCUUCUUCUUUUUUCUACUUUUGUGAUAAUUUUGGAGUAAUUUCAAAGUGAAAAAAAUGGUGGAGGCUCUUGAUCUGUUUUUGAAGAUCGGAUUAGAUAAACGCACAGCUGAAAACACAAUCGCCAACAAUAAAGUCACCACGAAUCUUGUCGCCGUGAUUAACGAGGCAAAUGUCACCGAUGGAUGUGAACGGUCUACGGGCAAUCUUCUUUACACGGUUGCUACAAAGUUUCCUACCAAUGCUCUCGUACAUCGUCCCAAGUUGCUGGAAUACGUUGUUUCUUCUAAGAUUAAAACUCCUGCCCAACUAGAAGCUGCAUUCGCAUUUCUUACCGUCACUGGCUCAGACGAUCUUGAUGUCGGAAAAUUUGAAGAAGCUUGUGGAGUUGGGGUUGAGGUGUCAUCUGAAGAGAUAGAACACACUGUUGAUGAAAUGUUUGAAGAAAAAAAGAGUGCGAUUUUGGAGCAACGCUACCGAACAAAUGUUGGUGAUUUGUUUGCUCAUGUACGAAAGAAGCAACCUUGGGCUGAUCCAAAGAUUGUUAAGCAACUGAUAGAUACAAAGCUAUUUGAAUUACUUGGCGAAAAAACUGCAGCAGAUAAUGAGAAGCCUGUAAAAAAGAAGAAAGAAAAGGUUGUUAAAGUAGAAGAAGAUAAAACGAAAACUACCGUUGAAGAAGAAAUCAAUCCGUAUUUAAUAUUCCCUGCACCGGAGGAGAAUUAUAAGGUUCAUACAGAAGUAUUUUUCAGUGAUAGACCUGUGCUUAGAGCUUGUAAUUCAAAAGAAAUAUUGGAAAAACAUCUGAAGAAAACCGGUGGAAAAGUUUUGACCCGUUUUCCACCAGAACCAAAUGGAUAUUUGCAUAUAGGUCAUGCAAAGGCUAUGUUUGUUGACUUCGGUCUUGCAAAAGAAAGAGGCGGUGGCUGCUACUUGAGGUAUGAUGAUACUAAUCCCGAAGCAGAGAAAAAAGAAUAUAUUGAUCAUAUUGAAGAAAUUGUGAGCUGGAUGGGAUGGAAACCUUUUAAGAUCACAUACACCAGUGAUUAUUUUCAACAACUAUAUGAUUUAGCAGUUGAGCUUAUACGCAGGGGUCAUGCGUACGUUGAUCACCAGACUGGUGAUGAAAUAAAAGAAUACAGAGAGAAAAAGAUGAACAGUCCAUGGAGAGAUAGGCCAAUAUCGGAAUCACUUAAGCUUUUUAAUGAUAUGAAAAAUGGCUUGAUUGAAGAAGGAAAAGCUACACUUAGAAUGAAACAAGAUAUGCAAAGUGAUAAUUUCAAUAUGUAUGAUCUCAUUGCAUAUCGGAUUAAGUUCACUCCUCAUCCACAUGCUGGAGACAAGUGGUGUAUCUACCCUAGUUAUGAUUAUGCACAUUGCAUUGUCGAUUCUCUUGAAGAUAUCACACAUUCGCUUUGUACACUUGAAUUUGAAACAAGACGUGCUUCAUAUUACUGGUUACUGGACGCACUAAGCCUUUAUCAGCCUUACGUGUGGGAAUACUCACGCUUGAAUAUCACCAACACCGUUAUGUCAAAGCGUAAGUUAAAUCGUCUCGUGACCGAGAAUUAUGUGGAUGGUUGGGACGAUCCUCGUUUGAUGACAUUAGCGGGAUUGAGGCGUAGGGGUGUUACAUCAACAGCAAUAAAUGCUUUCGUUAGAGGAAUCGGAAUUACCAGAAGUGAUGGUAGUAUGAUACGUUUGGAACGCCUUGAAUAUCAUGUACGCGAAGAACUAAAUAAAACAGCUUCUCGUACCAUGGUUGUGCUACAGCCAUUAAAGGUUGUUAUUACUAAUCUUGAACCCAAUUCGGUAAUAGACCUCGAUGCAAAGAAAUGGCCAGAUGCCCCAAACGAUGAUGCGUCUUCUUAUUACAAGGUUCCUUUUUCAAAUGUUGUUUAUAUAGAGCAAACCGAUUUUAGGAUGAAAGAUUCAAAAGACUACUAUGGACUUGCUCCUGGAAAGACUGUCUUACUCAGAUAUGCGUUCCCUAUAAAGUGUACUGAAGUGGUGCUUUCUGAUGACAAAAAGACCGUUGUUGAGAUACACGCAGAGUAUGAUCCUUUCAAGAAGACGAAACCAAAGGGGGUUCUUCAUUGGGUUGCGGAGCCUUCUCCUGGGGUUGACCCAUUGAAGGUGGAAGUCAGACUGUUCGAUAAACUGUUCCUUUCUGAGAAUCCCGGAGAACUUGAUAACUGGCUUGAUGACUUAAACCCCGAGUCGAAAGUGAUAAUUCCUUGUGCUUAUGCUGUACCGGCACUCAAGUUUGCAGAAGUAGACGAUAAAUUUCAGUUUGAAAGGCUUGGAUAUUUUGUGGCUGACAAGGAUUCAACACCCGAAAAGCUCAUUUUCAACAGGACCGUUACAUUGCGCGACAACUAUGGUAAAGCCACCAAGUAGAUUGUUCAUUUGUCUGCUUAUGAUAUACUUUUUUUGUCUGAAAAUGGAAGUAGAAACACAAAAAAUGUUUAAUACGCAGUUAAUGUAAUCAGUUGGGUUUUGUUUUUCAUGUUAUACGAUAGAGUUGUAAUAGACGUUCUUAAGUGUUGAUGGUUAAAACUUUGUUUGUUAUCCAAAAGAUGUUGGGAUUUUGCGAGGGA